AUGAAGUUGCUGCUUACAUUACCUAUAUUAACCCUAUUGCUUGCACUAUCCACAAGAGCUCUUGUUACUGAAGACCAAGGAAGGACAUGGAACAUCCUAUCAUUAGACGGUGGUGGUAUCCGUGGACUCAUUACUGCCAAAGUUGUUGACUAUAUGGAAACAUAUGCAUAUGAGUAUGCCGUGGUAGAGUAUUGCAUUGAAGAGAGAUCAAGCAAGAAGAUUUCAAUGGCUGAACUAUUUGACUUGGUCGCAGGUACCUCUACAGGAUCACUCUUAGCUACAGCCCUCGUUAUUCCAAAUGACGAUCCCUUGACUAACGAUACUGUUAUCAAUAAGUUUUGGGCUCAGAAAGCUAUUGAGGUUUAUACUAUCAGAGCUCCUUAAGUUUUUACCAAGUUCUAAAUGUCAUUCAAAUUCAGAAUCAUUGGUGUAUUAAUUAUUACUACCAUUGGACUAUUUGUUGGCUUCUUAGUUGGUAGAAAGAUGUACGUAAAUGCCCAAUUCGAAGAAAGUAUCAAGGCCCUUAAGCAGUUAGUUAAAAGCAGGAAGUAAUCAAUUAAAGGCAAAGAAAAUAAGAAUUUAACUGAGUUGGUUGCUAAGAGCAUUCAAAACAAGUUUGUUGAAGAUGACCAAAAGGAACUGUUAGGUGAAAUCCAAACUGGAAGCUUAUCAACAGUUGAGGAUGCAGAGGACAAGAUUUUUAACGAGGAAAUGAAAUACAUGGAAAAGAAGGGAAGGAAGUGGAUCGUCAUGAUAGUUGGAGGAUUCGUCUUUGCUGUACUCGGAUGGGUACUGAUGCCAUACAUCUUCAUGCUUACUAAAUCCAGCUACGAUAGAAGUGGAAUUGAGGAAAUCUGCAAGGAGAUGUUCGGAAACGUUAAGAUCGAAGAUGCUCUUACAAACGAAGUCAAUAUCAUCUCAUAUGAGUACAACAGUCACCAGCCAAGAAUAUUCUCUAAAUUUUCUGCCGCUAGAAGUCCUGGCAACUUUAGUGUUGGCCUUUCAAAUGCUUCUUAGGCCUCUUCAGCAGCCCCUAUUUAUUUCGAUCCUAAAGUUAUUGGGGAUCAAGUGUUGAUUGAUGGCGGAGUUAUUGCUAACAACCCAGCCUUUUACUCUUAUUUGCACUCAAAGUACGCUAACAAUCAAAAGAAAGUUAGAGUUAUUUCUGUUGGUACUGGAGAAUAAAAAACUAAAGAGAUUGAUCCAAAAAAUAUAGACAAGAUCACCUGGGCUUUACAGAUCGGAGCACUCAUCACUAGCACUGAAGCUACUACUCAUGACUACCUAAUGAUGAGAGAACUGCCCAAGAAUUACUUCAGAUUCUAAAAGACUAUGACUGAUUCUCUUGCCCUUGACUCUUAUGAAGAGGAGGACAUUUAGAAAUUGCUUAAGUAUGGAGAAGAUCUAAUAAAGGAGAAGUAAGACGAUAUCAAGAAGUCAAUUAGAAUGGUAGUUGAUGAUGUUGUUGGAGGUCAGUGGGAAUUCAAAUCUUGCCACCCACACCCAAAGCCUUUAUAGCCUGCAGAGCCCCCAGUCAAGCUUAUUUGA